AUGCAGAAGAUAAACCCAGAGUUCUUCUAUGAUUAUGACGUUGAUGCAGAUAACCGUGUAAGAAACAUCUUUUGGGCCAACGCAAGCUGCAAAGGAUCCUAUGAAGAUUUUGGAGACUGCAUUACAUUUGACAUGACAUAUAAAACAAAAAAAUUCCACAUGCCGCUGGGAGUCUUCGUGGGAGUGAACCAUCAUCUACAGAGCACCAUAUUUGAUGUUGCCCUCGUGCGAGAUGAAACGAUACCAUCGUUCGAGUGGGUUUUCAAAACAUUUCUGAGGUGUAUGAACAACAAGCCGCCAAUCUGCAUGCUCACAGACCAGUGUUCUUCGAUGAAGGCAGCAUUAAAAACUAUCCUCCUAGAUACACUACAUAAGUUGUGUCGGUGGCACACCAUGAAGAAGUACAAAGACCACCUUGCCUUGCUGUAUAAGGCGCACGAGAAACUCAAGGAUGACCACAAUGCGGUGCUGAACCACUCACUAAUGCCGUUAGAAUUUGAACGGGCAUGGAAGGACCUCAUCCAGAAAUACAACUUGCAAAACGACGAAGUAAUGAAUUCGCUAUGGGAUGACACGCACGAGUGGAUCUCGGCUUACUACAAGGAGAUUUUCUAUGCUUGGAUGACUUCCACGCAGAGAAGCGAGAGCAUGAACUGCAUAUUGAAGAAAAACUUUGUCAAAGAGAAGCGUGAUCUCCAUCUGUUUGCUCAGCAGGUGGACAAGUGCAUUCAGACCAGGAAGUCGGCGAGCACGUAG